AAUUAUUUCUAUCAAAAUAAAUGUUUGUUUUGAUUGAUAUUUAAUACUUAUUGAUUUGAUUAAAUUCGCAAAAUUUUAAGAUUUUUUUAGUACAAAGUCAUCAAUCAGUAUUAAAAUUUACAGUAAAAUAAAAUUACAAAAAAAGCGUAAUAGAUGAAGCAAACUUGCGUUGUUCCUGGUGGAAAACCAGCUUAAGCUAAAUUUGAUAUGGAAACGAAAAAAAUUUUAGAAAGCUAUGAGAGAGAAUUUGGUUGCGACGAAACAGAUUUUAAGCCUAAAACUUAGCAGCCACCUCUAUUUAUUAGGGGAGGAGUUCAAGGAUCAGAUAACAAAGUCACAGAGAAUGUUGAAAAAGGGUCUUUUUAUACACCAAGCACUCAGCUAUAAAAGUAAGCCGAAAAUGAAGAACUUAAUAUGGUCAAUGAAGAAGAACUCAAUCCUUAUCUUAAGUACGAAAAUAUGAGCAUGAGUAUGAAGAAAAAUGAAAAGACUAAAAACUAAGUAGACGAGUUCUUUUCUCAUCUGAAAAACAAGAACUAAAACCCAAUGUAGUUGCAAUCGAGGUCUAAAUCUUCUACUAAGCCUGAAUAGAAAAUGCCUAUUGUCAAAGAAAUGGAAAAAAGAGAUUUAUUUAAAGAGUCUGCAUACGAUUCAAUUGACAAUGUCAAAAGAUAUUAGUCUCAUGUGUUUACAGACAAGAGUAUCCCAACUCUCUGCUUAUAAAACCUAGAGCUUGAAGAGGAUGAGACUUAUCUCCUUCAAAUAUUUUAAAAGUAUGGCAAGAUAAAAUUUAUUAAAAGAAGAGCAAUCUACUUCCCUGAAUAACUUGAAGCUGAAAUUCUUGCAUAUAUUUCAUACGAAGAUUUAUCUUCAGCUAAAGCUGCAAUGGAAGGAGUACUUUAGGCAAAUCCUCAAUUAAAAUUUACAGUGAGAUACGGCUACGAACCAGAAAGCGAGCUUGGAGAUCUUUACAAGAUGCUAGCUCAUCAAUAUCAACAAACUUCCAAUUUUGAAGCUGACUCAAAUACAAGAUUCAAUGAACAACUUAGCAAAAUUUCAGUAUUCCAAUAUCCCGAGUAAGGAGAAGAAAAGAUCAUUCACAUUGAGCCUCCAAAAAAUGAAUUUAUACGUAAAUUAGUAGACAAAACAGCUAAAUAUGUUAUUCAAGAGGGAUUUUGGUUUGAAGAAAAGCUUAAAGAAUCUGAGAAAAAGAAUAAAGAAUUUGCAUUUGUUUUCAUUAACAAUUGCUACGAGCACCAGUAUUAUAAAUGGAGACUUUAUUCACAAUCAUAGGGCGAUGAUGAAAAAUCCUGGAGUAUGGACCCAUUUAAACUAUCUACAAAUGGACCUAUUUUCUAUCCACCCUAUACAGAAGAGAUGUAGAAAGAAAGAGAAAAAAGGAUAUCUAAAAGAACCCCGUAAGGUCUAUCUCCUAUUCCUUUUAAGGAAAGAGAUGAACUAGAACAAACUUUGAGAUAGCUGAGCUGUUUAAAGACGUCAAUUGCAGAUGCUAUGAUUUUAGUUAUGGAUCUACAUAAUUCUGCUGCAGAUGUAGUAAAUACUAUCUACUAAGCUUGUCUAUGCAUGAAAAAUAACAUGAAUUAAAUGAUUGCUUUGGUUUAUUUGAUUUCUGAUGUCUUGCAUAACAGUUUUUAGAUUGUCUGGUAAUUUCGUUUGUAUCUUGAAUGGGCUCUGCCAGAUAUUUUGGAGGUUCUAAAUUACACUUACAGAUAUAAUUUAGAGAGAGAUGCAAUUGGGGCACAAAACUUUAAAGAGAAAGUACUUCGUGUUUUGCAGGUGUGGAAUGACUGGGCUAAUUUCGAUUCGAAUUAUAUGAAUGGGUUGGAGAUUAUCUUUAAUUCUGAGCCUUUAGAUUUUAUUUUGCACAAAAUGAACUCAGUUACAAAUCAUAUAACCUUUAGAUUGUAAGUUUAUUGGGAGUAAAUUUAAUAGAUACCUUAUGAUAAGUUAGAAAGAGAGUCUCACAAUCAAGGUGUAAGCUCAAGGGGUAGUAUCAGAUAAAUAUUCAACCGCUUAAUAGUUAUUGAGUACUACAGACUUUAAAGACAGCUAAAAGGGAAUAGUGAGGAUAUUCAAAAAUUUAGCAAGGAAGAAGCAAUUUAGCAGAUGCAACGCUUCAACAAGAACGUCAUCAAUACAGUUGACCAUGAUUAUAUGAAAAAGGAGUUAGUUGAAGAGUGGACAAAUAUUGGUCUCUCUUUGCUAAUUUACAUUCAAGACAAAAAUAAAUUUAUUGAUGAAAACGACAUCGAUGGAUAGCCAAUAACAGAAUUUGAUGAAAUCUUCUUAGAAAUAAAAAAUAUUUCAAAACCUCAAGAGCCUGAAGUGUCUAAUGAUAUAUUUUAGAUCAUAGAGGAGGAGAAAGGUGAAGAAUACAAGGAAUCAGAAAUAAACGGUAUUCCAUUAACAGCAGAAGAAAUCAAAAAUAUUUAAAAUAAUACCUACUAAGUCAUUUCUGAAUUUGAAAUAUCAUUCCUCACAAAACCCAUACCAGCCUAAAGAGUGCACACAACGCCACUGCAACAAGCAUCUUCCAGCUCUUCCAAAAAGCUCUAAUCACAAAACCAAGAGGAUGAAAGAAAGACCUAGCCAAAAACUACUUAAUAGCAGUAAUCUUCAAGUACAGCACCUAUAUAGAUUGGAUAAAAAUAUCAAAAGAUGAACGUUCCCUCUAUUAGCUCUUAUAAGUAAGAAAAAUCAAACAUUUAUUCUUAGUCAGCUGCAGGUUUCGCCAGACUUAGAGGAAAUAGCAAACGUAAUGAGUCUAGUUCAUCUUCUAGCUCAAGAAGUAGAAGCAGAGGUAGAAAAUAAUCAACAAAAGACAAUAAAAAGGAUAGUAGAAGCAGAUCAAAAUCCUCCAGAAAAAGUUCUAAAAAUUUAAAAAAGGGAGACAGAAAAGGAAAGUAUUCUUCAAGUUCCAGCUCUUCAUCUUCAUCUUCGUCAUCGUCUUCCUCUUCUUCUUCUAGAUCUAAUUCUAAAGACUCCAAAAAUAAAAGAAGAAAAAGUUAAUAUGAUAAAAACUAAAAGAAGAGAUGAAAAAUAUCUGCUAAAAAAUUGAGAAAAACAACAAAUUUUUAUUUAUAAGUAGAAUUUUUCUAAUUUAAAGUAUGUUUUUCUUGUGAAGCAUAUUAAUCCAUUAUUUGUAAUUAGUAAUUAUCAAAAUCAUUGGUGUUAAUUAACUUCAUUUAUUACCACCAGUCUUAAUUUACUGAUAACA